AUGGAAGCACUUGUUGGACUCAAUUUAGAGUUGGGGAAUGAUGAUACUUCAUCAGUGCUCGCAGAUAAAUGCUUAGAACUCUUAGGAAAAGUUGAAUCGAAAAAUAGUGGUGAGGACUCUGAGGUUGCAAGUGCUCGAGCUAAAGCAAUUAAAGGACUGGUUGAGCUUGCCCAAGGCAAUCUUGAAUCAGCUGAACCAAGCUUCCAAGGAUUUCAGGACAAUGAGGGCUGCAUUGGAAAUGCUGCUUUAUCGUAUGGAGAAUUCUUGCAUGCCACGAGAAACUUUUCACUGGCGAAGGACUUCUACCAGAAGGUUAUUGAAGAGGUGGCUAAAAAGAAAGACUUUACAAGCAUCCAUACCAUAGCAGCUUGUAAUAUGGCUUCAGAGGAAGUUUUGCUUGCAGCUACCUGUGCUUUGGGACAGCUUGAGGCGCACAUGGGGAACUUUGGCAAUGCAGAGGAGACAUUGACUACUGCAUUGAACAAAGCAGAACAACUUUUUGGCUCUCGUCAUCCCAAGGUGGGUGUAGUUUUGACCUGCCUGGCUCUCAUGUUCCGGCAUAAAGCAAAACAAGAGCACUCAAGUUCUCUUUUAAUACAAGAGGGUCUUUAUAGAAGGGCGAUGGAUUUGCUGAAAGCUCCACCACUGGACUUCGAAGGUAACAGAACGAUGAGAAGUAGGAUGGAUAUCAUUGCCCUUGCAAGAGGUAUUGACUAUGUAACUGUUUUGAAUGAUGUGGCCUCUGCUGUGAAUGUUGUCCCUACACAAGUAUUUCAGACAUUAUACCUUGUUACCCUGACAUGGGUUUUGUGCCUAGUGUUUUGUGCAUGGGGUGGACAGUAUCUGAUGUCUGGAAUUGGUGGCUAUGCAGAAGCACUUUGCAUUCAAGAAAACAGAAGAGGUGAAGGAGAAAAAAUGAAAAGGUGGGCUGAGACUGCAUGGAGAAACCGCAGCCUUUCGCUAUCCGAGGCACUGAAAAUCUCAGAAUCCUCAAACAGAAUGCCUGUUGUAGAUGCUCGAAUAGGGAUAUUUGAGAAGCUGCUCCAAAGGCAAAAAUGUAUCACCUCCAUGUUGGGGCAUGCGUGUGCUUUUGAUGAGAUAUCCGCAUCAGCUCGUUAA